AUGAUUCCAGACCUUGUCUCCCUCCGGGAAAUGUCGUUUUUUCAGUUACCCUCAAAGAGCCCGACUUCCUAUCGCCUCAUUAACCUCCUCCUGAUUUCCUCUUGUCUCUGUAUCAUCUACCUCUUUGUAUCCAUCUCCCUCGUCCGUCCUUCUACCCUCAGUCAUGUAUGGGUUCCGUCGCUCUACGUCUCGCCGCCCACCACUCUGGACCAUUUAGUGUUCGGCAUUGCUUCCACUGCUCAAUCCUGGCCCAAUCGGAAGGAAUAUGUAAGGCUCUGGUGGAAACCGCAAUCCAUGAGAGGUUGUGUAUUUGUUGACAGCAUGCCACCGACGACUGUGGACAAGCAUAACGAUAGUAGCACCCUUCCUCCCAUUUGCAUCUCCGAGGACACAUCCCAUUUUCGUUACACUUACAGGGGUGGUCUCCGAUCGGCAAUUCGUGUGGCCCGAGCUGUGUCAGAAACUGUUUCUCUCAACCACACAGGAGUCCGAUGGUUUGUUUUCGGGGAUGAUGAUACAGUGUUCUUCCCAGAGAAUUUGGUUAAGACACUUUCAAAGUACGACCAUAAUCUGUGGUACUACAUCGGGACCAACUCAGAGAGCUCCAAGCAGAAUUCCUUGUUUUCCUUUGAAAUGGCAUUCGGAGGAGGUGGUUUCGCCAUAAGCUAUCCGCUCGCCAGAGUUCUGGCAAAGGUUUUCGACUCAUGUCUGGUGCGGUAUCCACAUCUUUAUGGAAGUGAUGCUAGGAUUUUCUCUUGCUUGGCAGAGCUGGGAGUUGGGCUGACGCAUGAGCCAGGGUUUCAUCAGGUAGAUUUCAGGGGAGAUGCUUUCGGAUUGCUGGCUGCUCACCCAUUAAGACCGCUGGUAUCACUUCAUCACUUAAAUUACAUAGAUCCAAUCUUCCCCAACAUGAACAGUAAGCAAGCUUUAGAACAUCUACUUGAAGCUGUGAAGUUCGAUCCUGCAAGGAUCUUGCAACAAACAGUUUGCUACGACCGUUGGUUUUCAUGGACAAUUUCUGUCUCGUGGGGUUAUGCUGUUCAGUUAUUUGAACGCGAUAUACUUCUUCCCGACGUUCUUCCUGUGCAACAUACAUUUACAGUGUGGAAUAAAAGAGAAACCAUUACGCCCAGUCCUUAUAUGUUUGAUACAAGGGAGCUUCCUGAAGACCCAUGUAGAAGGCCCACUCUUUUCUUCUUAGAAAGCUUGUCUUCUAAUGGACAAGUAAUACGGAGCAAUUACAGGAGAAGUAUUUCUGACAAGUGCUUAGAAAGCAAGGGAGCCUCGAAGAAACUGGAAAAGAUAAGAGUCUUCUCAAAAAAGCUAAAGCUUGACAUCAGACAGUUGCAGGCCCCAAGACGGCAUUGUUGCGACAUAUUACCUUCUUCAGUCGGUGAAGUAUUAGAAAUUGGCAUUAGGGAAUGUGGGGAAGAAGAAAUGAUCUUCAUGCACGCAUAGAAUUUCCUAGGAAAUUACUGCCCAUCCUUGGAAAUCUAAUCAGUGGAAGCUGGGAAUCAGAGUCCCAUUGUAAGGUAAGAAGGAUUGACAUAACUUUAGGCUGAGAUUGAACUUCUCCUUGACCAUGCCGAGUAAAACAGUCAUAUGUUCACGCUCGUAAGUAGAAAUUUGUGGGUGUUUUUAUAAUUCCAACAACUAUAAGCACGGCCAGCACUUGUGUACACAUGCCUGCUACGAGAGUACGCAUGUUGCUCUGGUCAAUGGUUCAUACUUCAUGGGAUUUGGAUCCUUCCCGCUCUCUAUGUAGGCCAAAAUAUAUACCAGAAACUGAAGCUUGGACAUGAAUUUAUCGCUUUCAAAGAUACCUUAGUGCACUGGACGAAAUGGGCUUGCAGUUUUGCUUAAGAAAUGAGAUGACAGACCAGUUGAUUUUAUUCCUCAUGUAGCAUGUGGAUGACUUGAAUAUGA